UAAUAAUUUUUCGGAGAAGGUUAUGUAAAAUCUUAAUUUACCUGACUUGAGAAAGUUCUUAAAUGUUUAGCCCACGCUGAUUAGAAACAGUUAAGGAUAACACAAGUCUGCCUUGGAGCAGGACAAGUAGUUCUUCAGUCAUGGGCACCUAUUCAACCAUCAUUGAAAGAUGGUGGCUGGUCACCUUUGCAGGAUUCAUACUCGUCCUUCUCCUUUUCAUCAGCCACAGCCGCAAUGGCUACAACAUAUCUGUGCUUCAGAACCUGACAGUGCCAAAAACAGCUUCUACUCAGUAUACCAUGCCGGACAACAUGCCGUCUCCAAUAUCUUCAGAUCACAUUGGUAAUAAGGAACCAGAAAAAUCUUCUGAUCAGUAUCCCAAGUUAACGUUGCAAACUUGUAUGCCAUCAAACUUUACUUAUAGUGAGAAACCAGCAACAUCUUCUUCUCAGGUUCCUUUUUCAGGCCACCCACAUUCAGAACCAUCACACAUCUCUGAUAAUGUAAAACCGGUAAUGCCUUCUCGGGUUCCCUCUUUAGACUUCGAAAAUUCAAGCCCAUCAAACUUUACAGCUGGUAAAAUCGAACCGGUAACAUCUUCUUCUCAGUAUCAUUUAUCAGGCUCGAAAAACCCAAAACCAUCAAAGGUUUUCGAUGAUGUAAAACCAAAUUUAACGGAGAAGAAAAUGGGAAGAUGCAAUAUCUUUGAAGGAAAAUGGGUUUACGAUCCUGGGGAAAGUCCUCUGUAUGAUUCAGCGAUGUGUCCAUUUUUUAGUGAUAGAGCUAGCUGCCAAAGGAAUGGACGGCCAGACAAGGAAUACGAAAGAUGGAGGUGGCAAGCUAAUGAGUGUAAGAUCCCUAGGUUUGACGCCAAGGACAUGCUAGAAAGACUUAGAGGUAAGAGAGUUGUACUAGUGGGGGACUCCAUCAACUUUGGCCAAUGGGAAUCUCUUGCGUGUCUUCUUUAUUCUGCUAUACCUGAUAGAUCCCACGUUGAUGCUCGAAAUCGGGUCUUCAGAGCAGAGUCCUAUAACUUGAUAAUAGAGUCUCGCUGGGCGGAAUUUUUGGUGGAAGUAAUAGUGAACAAGACUAGUGGGAAAAAGAUAUUAAACCUCGACUCUCUUUCCUCUUCUGCCUGGAAAUGGAAAGGUGCAGAUAUUAUGGUAUUCAACACUGGUCACUGGUGGAUGAGUCGCCAAAGGUGGGACUGGUUUCUAUACAAAAAGAAGCUGUAUACAGAUAUGAAGCUCGAAAGAGCAUUCAAGCUUGCUAUGCAAACUUGGGCUGGUUGGAUCCAAAAAAAUGUGGACACAAGCAAAACAACAGUCUUCUUCAGGGGCAUGUCUCCGGCGCAUUCCGGGAGAAACAAGUGCUACAGAGCAACCCAACCGAUCGAGGAUGAUCAGCCUUUCAAACUGAAAUAUAGUGAAUCACUGAUCAAAGGCAUUGUCGAGAGAACAAUACAAGGCAUGAGGACACCGGUGAAGUACUUGAACAUCACAAAGCUAACAGAGUAUCGAAAAGAUGCGCAUUCUUCAAUUUAUUGGAAGCAAAAGCAAUUCAGGCCUGGGCCCGAUUGCAGUCACUGGUGUUUGCCUGGUGUGCCUGACACCUGGAACAACCUUCUUUAUGCAACCAUGGUCUUUGAUAGCUCUAGCUCUAGCUCUAGCUCUAGCUUGGCAUAAUUUAUUUAUUGUUAUUUUUAUUUUAACAAAAUAUAUAAGCUUCUUCUUGCAGAUGUUUUUCCUUUGGUCA